AUGCAGCCUCUCAAACAAUGUAAAGCAGAUACCAGGAAGUGCCACAUGAAUGAUCCUCUCCCUGUUCCACAUGAGUGGUACCAGCCCGGGAGCCUCAUCAUUGGUGGGAUAACUUCUCACAUCUCUUACCAUUUCCACGAACUAUUCUUCAAUAGACUUCCCAAUCAUGAAUUGUUCGAGGUUCCAAAUGCUUGUUUGCUGAAAGAGCACUCAAACUCUCUCUGCAGUGUGGUGCUAAAAUUCUACCAGCACAUCCUGGCCUUGGUGUUUGCUGUAAAUGAGAUCAACAAGAAUCCCAGCAUCUUGCCCAAUGUCACCCUUGGGUUCCACAUCUAUGACAGCUACUACGACGCAAGGAUGACUUAUCGGACCACCAUGGACCUGCUCUUCAAAUUCAGAAGAUUUGUCCCCAGUUACAAAUGCAACGCCCAGAAAAACCUCAUAGCUGUCAUUGGGGGACUUGGUUCUGAUGUCUCCUUCCAUAUGGCAGAACUCUUAAGCCUAUACAAGUAUCCACAGCUGCACCCAUUUCUUGAAGGCAUUUUGUUUAAUAACUCAGUUGGAGAAGCAAUCUUUUUUCAUGAUAACAGGGAGAGGAGAGGUGGAUUUGACAUAAUGAACCUGGUCACUUUCCCAAACAAAUCAUUCCAGAGAGUCAAAGUUGGAAGGGUGGAUGCCAAGUUUCAGGAAGGAAAAGAGUUAAUCAUUAAUACAGACAUAAUUGUGUGGCACAGGACAUUUAACCAGGUGAUGCCUGUCUCUGUGUGCAGUGACUCCUGCCAUUCUGGUUAUCAGAAGAAAAAGAAGGAAGGAGUGAAGUUUUGCUGCUACAGUUGCACCCUGUGUCCAGAAGGAAAGAUUUCCACCCAGAAGGACAUGGACGACUGUUCCAAAUGCCCAGAAGAUCAUUAUGCAAGCAAGGACAGAGAUCGGUGCAUCCCGAAACUGACAAUCUUUCUGUCUUAUGAGAAACCUCUAGGGAUCAGUUUAGCCUUGGUUGCUAUUUCUUUUUCCCUCAUCACAGUCGCAGUGUUAGGAACUUUUAUUAAGCACAAAGAUACCCCCAUAGUCAAAGCCAACAACCGGGACAUCACCUACACUCUCCUGGUCUCCCUCCUGCUCUGCUUCCUCUCAUCUUUACUUUUUAUAGGAAGACCUCAGAAGUUGACUUGCUGUCUCCGACAAUCUUCCUUUGGAAUCAUCUUCUCUGUAGCAGUUUCAUGUGUAUUGGCAAAAACCAUCACUGUGGUUGUAGCUUUCAUGGCUACCAAACCAGGGUCCAGCAUGAGGAAAUGGGUGGGGAAAACAUUGGCCAACUCCAUUGUCCUUUUCUGCUCUCUGAUUCAAGCAGGCAUCUGUGUAGUGUGGCUAGCAACUUCUCCCUCCUUCCCCAAUUUGGACAUGCAGUCAGUACCUACACAGAUCAUAUCGGAAUGCAAUGAAGGGUCUGUCCUCAUGUUUUAUCUUGUUCUGGGCUACAUGGGCCUUCUGGCCAUCAUCAGCUUCACCGUGGCUUUCCUGGCAAGGAAGUUGCCAGACAGUUUCAAUGAAGCCAAAUUCAUCACCUUCAGCAUGUUGAUGUUUUGCAGUGUUUGGUUGUCAUUUGUUCCAACCUACCUGAGCACCAAGGGAAAAUACAUGGUGGCUGUUGAGAUCUUCUCCAUCUUAGCUUCCAGUGCUGGGUUAUUAGGCUGCAUCUUUGCCCCUAAAUGUUACAUUAUUGUGUUGAGGCCUGAUCUCAACAGAAAGGAUAAACUAAUAAGGAAAAAGAAUUAA